AUGCCUCAAACCUUAUCUUCACUUAUGUGGAUUAUUCUAAUUUCACAAAAUUUCUGUGGAUAUUAUACCACCAUGCAUAAACGACACAUUUUUAAUAUACCUGCUCGUGUUCUUUGCAUUAUUUUGAUAUAUAUAACAGUUUAUAUAUACAUAACUCAGUUAUACAAAGAAGAAAGUACGUAUCAAACCUAUGGUAAAAUAUAUCAAUUAUUAUAUUUUCUUAUUGGUGCAUUAAUGGCCUUUAUUGAUGGGAAUGUAUUUUCUCGUUUUCACUCAAAUGUACAGUCGAUUAUGUCCGAAUAUUCGUUGAAAUUUGGCUACCGCUCUGUUAUGCGUACGAUAACAGUUUUUACUGUUAUAUUUUUAAUGGAAAUUUAUAUUAUUUGGAGUGAUUUAGCUGAACUAGUUGUUACUGAUUUACUUUUGCCAUUUCUGUUUAUUUCGAAAAGAGUUGGUUUUUUCACCACUACUAUCAGUCGAUGUAUAAUUUUUGAAUGGAACUACUUCUCCGUGAAGACAUUGAGAAUAUCAUUUGACCAACUAGUUAAUAAAUCAAAUGCAACAAUACUGGAACCUAAUCAAAAAGUACUAUUGGAUGUAGUGACAACAUACACAAAAUUAUUAAAAAAUAUUAAUUCUGUGGGAGUUCCGCUCAAGAUAACGGUACUAAGGGAUUUUGUUUUGACAUUUUUUUACGUGAUAUACGCUUCUAUGGGAAUAGUAUAUACACCAGAAAAUACUGUUCAAAAUCUCAUUGUUGUAAAGGUAUCUGUUAACAUACUAACUUUAUUUUUACCUUGUGUUUUUAUGGAACUCGCAAAAAUUGAAGUAGAUAAAAUAAGACUUAUAUAUAUUGAAAUAUCUGCCCAUAGUUCAGAUGAAGAAAUUCGCAGAAAGGCCGAUGACGCAUUAACGUUGCUUCAGACAGUUCCAUUCGAGUUCACGGUGUGGCGAUUAAUAUCUGUGAAAAGUUCACUGCCAUUUCAAUUCUUUGCUCUAUUAACCACCUACGUCAUCGUGACAAUGCAAUUUAUGCAUGUGUUUGGAUAA